UGCAUAAGCUGUCGGGGCUUUCCCGGUGGUUUUUUUGCAACUUCCUAAACACACCCGCGUACCUACAUAACCCUAUACCUAGGUACCUAAGACUUUAGAUACCUCCUACCUCUGACAAGCUACAAAUUCGUAAAUUCGCAAUAUCUCGUCUUUCAUUCGCCCCUCCAAUUCUUAUCCCCCUCCUCAUCCUCUUAUCCUCCCUCAAAUGCCCCACACUCUUCUCACGCGACUAUCAAGUCCACUGACGCAUCUGAGAACCCCAGCAACAUCGUCUUGUUAUAUAAGACGUACAAAACCGACAUUUCCCUUGGAACCUACUUUCAAGUACCCCCCCAUAAGACGAACCUAUCUAACCCCCGCCCUUCGAGCCCACCAAUCCCGCAAGAUGGCACCCCAAAUCGACGGUUUCUUCUCUCAAGUCGACUCGCUGUCGUCGCACUUCAUCGAACGUCUUAGAAAAGCCGUCGCUAUCCCUUCGGUCUCCUCCGAGGCCGCCCGCCGACCUGAUGUCGUCCGCAUGGCCCACUUCCUCGCCGACGAGCUCAAGACCCUGGGCGCUAGCGUCGAGCUCAGACCCCUCGGCAAGCAGCCCGAUAACCCGGAGCUCGAUCUCCCCCCCGUAGUCCUCGCUCGCUACGGCAACGACAAGAACAAGCGCACUAUUCUCGUCUACGGACAUUACGAUGUCCAGCCCGCGGAGAAGAGCGACGGUUGGGCCACCGAGCCUUUCACCCUGAGCGUCGGCGAGGACGGCCGCAUGUUCGGACGUGGAAGCACCGACGACAAGGGCCCCGUCCUAGGUUGGUUGAACGCUAUCGAGGCGCACCAGAAGGCCGGCGUUGACUUCCCCGUCAACCUACUUAUGUGCUUCGAGGGUAUGGAGGAGUACGGCUCCGAAGGGCUAGAGGAGCUUAUCCUCAAGGAGGGCAAGGGCUACUUCGCCGACGCCGAUGCGGUUUGCAUCAGCGACAACUACUGGCUGGGCACCGAGAAGCCGUGCCUGACGUACGGCCUGCGCGGCUGCAAUUACUACGCCGUGGAAAUCUCGGGUCCCGGCGCGGACUUGCACAGCGGCGUGUUCGGCGGCACGGCACAGGAGCCCAUGACGGACCUGGUGCGCGUGCUGGCCAACCUCGUCGACACGCACGGCAAGAUCCUGAUUCCCGGCAUCAUGGACCAGGUCGCUCCCGUAACAAAGGAAGAGGAAACGCUGUACGACGGCAUCUCGUUCACGAUGGAGACCCUACACGACUCGCUAGGUUCCAAGACGACCAUCUUCGAGGACACCAAGUCGACGCUGAUGGCGCGGUGGCGGUUCCCGUCGCUCUCGAUCCACGGCGUCGAGGGCGGCUUCUCGGCCCCCGGAGCCAAGACGGUGAUCCCGGCCAAGGUGAUCGGCAAGUUUUCGAUCCGCAUCGUGCCCAACAUGGAGAUCGAGAAAGUCAACGAGAUCGUGGCCAAGCACGUCCGCGACACGUUCGCGACCUUCGGCAGCAAGAACACCCUCAAAGUGUACCCCAUCCACACGGGCAACUGGUGGGCCGCCAGCCCCAACCACUGGAACUUCCGCGCCGCGAGCAAGGCCGUCGAGAGGGUAUGGGGCGUGCAGCCGGAUUUCACGCGGGAAGGUGGAAGUAUCCCCAUCACGCUCACGUUCGAGCAGUCCACGGGCAAGAACGUGCUGCUGUUGCCGAUGGGCAGCUCGACGGACGGCGCGCACUCGAUCAACGAGAAGCUCGACAAGAGGAACUACAUCGAGGGCAUCAAGCUGCUGGGUGCGUACCUGCAUUACGUUGCCGAAGAGCCCCAGCAGUAGAAGUUAGUUACCUAGGUACCUAGGAGGUAGUUACCUGGUAUAAUAGCUACGGGUUUUUUUUAUAAGACCAGGUAUGAAGUAGAGUAGUAGUAGUAGUUAUUGUUGUUGUUGUUGCGGCGAUGAUGCGGCGAAUGAGGAUGAGAGACGAUACCAUGAUGUAUAAAGAUGAAGAAAGAAAUAAACAAAAAAAAUAAGAAUAAGAAUAUUGAAUGAAUAAAGUGAAAUGGAAUGGGGUAGGGGGAGUGUCGAGUGGAUUGUAGCUUUAUAUACCUCAUAUAUGAGUGAGUAUAAGAGGUAUCGUCCCCUGAAGCUGGGCAACUAACUUGGGAUAUACAUACCUGACAUAUCCAUUGAUACGUUAGAUACCUCCUAUAUAUUAAUCAAUACCAUACCAAGAUCCAAUCUUUGU